AUGAAUAAUCUGAUUAUAUUGCUAGCAUUGUUAGUCGUCUUCAUUGGUUAUGCUAAUGGUGACGUUAUGUGCUAUUUUUGUUCGAAUUGUCCUUAUCCAUUCAAUGCAAAGUUAACAUCUGUUACAAUAGUUAGAGGAACUACAGGAUUUUGUGCUAGAAAAAGUUAUUCAUCUGAUCCAAGUGCUCCGAAUAGUCGAGGUCCUGCUGAACCUGGUCUAUGUAACUGGACUGGAUGUAAAUGGAUAAUUGACCCUACUACUGGUCAACAGAUGUACACUUGUUGCUGUACCAGUGAUUAUUGUAAUUGCGGCAAUUCUGGCUAUUGCAGUAUGUAAAAAUGAAGCACCUCAACAAGAUCAACAAUAGUUGCACUUGUAUAGUGCCUCUCAAAUUAACGAAAGGACGUUUUUUCAGAGAAAUAUUUUUUUUUGUUUUAUUAAAUUCAUUCUCGCGAUGGAAAAAAUAAUUCCGUUAGUUAUUUUAAAUAAAAUAAAUUUCUAUACUAACAUGAUUUAUAUCAAUAUUCAUGUUGUUCAUCGAUCAAUUUUAUUAGAAAUAUUUAAUGCAUAAAGGUUUAUAUCGAAAAAAGAAGCUUUUACAAAGAGAAACUUUUAUUUAGAAAUGUAUUUUUUAAAAAUUCGAUACAUUGAGAGAAUGACAAAUAGUGCAUUCAUUGUCGAUUCCUCAACCUAUUGAACAGUGACACAUUGAGGUUAAAUUCGGAACUCUGUCUCGAUAUGUAAAGUUUACAGAGACUUUGGCCAUCUAUAUUCCGAUGAUUCGAAAUUUUUUUCACUUUCCAAUAAAGUUUUAUUUUCAGUAUGAUGUCUAUCGGUGAUUUGUUUUUAAGAACACACAGGAUUCGAACAUAUAUACUCACUAUAACAAUGUUUGCAUAGACCAGAUGAACUAAAGAUUAUAUAUUAAUCUUGAGUAAGUCUAUGUUUUAUCAUAAAAUAUUUACAACUUUGGACUAAUUCACCCUUAUACUACUGAAUGAAUGUAAGUGACGGACGUAUAAGACAUAAACACAAUAUGUUCACACUCGUAUAUAUUUAUGCAAUUUUGAUUCACACCCAAAGUUUUUUACAUCUGCAUUAUCUAAACUAUUUUAUACCAAGAGUUUUUUGUGAUAUAUGCUUUGUUUGAUCUUGAUAAUGUUUGAUGCUUUUUGUUCAAUUCUAUUUUUGAGUAUUCCACAAAUUUUGCUUCGAACAUUAUUAAUCUAACUUAUAUGAUGAGAAAUAUUACCGUUCAUUAUCAAUUUUAUGCUAAUACUUCCCUUGAAUUUUAACUGAGGUAGAGUUUCCAUAUGAAUAUGUAACAAAAUUGGUUUGACUAGAAAGUAAGACAACAUAAUGAAGAACACUUAAUUUCAUCAACAGUCGUGGUGUUGCUAAGAAAUAAAACAUGCAUUAUGCAACAAAUAAAUGUCUAUAACGAUAUGUAUUGAUAGUAGCACGUUGUUGAUAAUACAGUACUUUCUAUAUCUCGUGUUGACAUACAUAAGAAACUUUUUCGAAACUUGUUAUAGAUUCUUAUUAUAAAGUAAAUAAUGGUUAAUUAUUAAUCAUAUAAACAACAAUCAAAGUUAAGCUAAUCAUAGAUACAUCUUGAAAGAAAUUCAGAGUGUAAAUAACACGCGAAGACUUAAGAUGAACGAUUCUUAUUUGAUAGAGUGAUUGAUUAUCUACAAAAGUUAAUUAAUUAUCUUUGUAAUAUACUGCUUUUUUUUCGAGGAACUAUACCUAGACAUUGUUCGUCUAUUAGUGUUCUGCGUGAUUAACAUUUUUGAUCGCUCAACAGCAAAAAGCACUCAUGUUCACGACCAUAAUCGCGAUUUACAUGGUAUCUUAAAGCUUAAGAGUAGCUUUUCAAGGAAAGUCGUAUAUGAAGUAAUCAGAUCUUUUUCCGAUUCGAAUGUUAAAUAUUAUAUUUCGAAAUCAAG